UCAACAAAAUUAGUUGCCUGGCGUACUGACAAUGCAGAAAGGAAGCGCUAUUCGAUAUGGCACACCCCACCUACACUACUGUCACUAGAUACAAUAAUUCUGCGACAUUAAGACCAUACCUGAGUGCAGUGCGACACACACUGGCAGCAGCGAUGUGUCUGGAAAAUUUCUCGUCACAAAACGUUGAGCGACAUAACAAGCCGGAGGUAGAAGUGAGGAGCAGCAAAGAAUUGUUGUUAACACCUGUGGUGAUCAGCAGGAAUGAGAAGGAGAAAGUUCUUAUAGAAGGUUCAGUCAACUCGAUUCGCAUUAGCAUAAGUAUCAAACAAGCAGACGAAAUAGAGAAAAUCCUGUGCCACAAGUUUAUGCGAUUUAUGAUGAUGCGUGCAGAAAAUUUCUUUGUCCUUCGAAGGAAACCUGUAGAGGGCUAUGAUAUCAGUUUCCUCAUCACCAACUUCCACACAGAAGCAAUGUACAAGCACAAGCUGGUCGACUUUGUCAUUCACUUCAUGGAGGAGAUUGACAAGGAGAUCAGUGAAAUGAAGCUAGCAGUAAACGCGCGUGCUCGAAUAUCGGCUGAGGAAUUCUUGAAGCGGUUCUAAAUCACAGAAGUUGUGGAUUAUUAAAGAUUGACAACUGAAAAUCUAAAGGAAUAGCUGCAGGAAAGCAAGAGGCAGCCAAUGUCUUUGAUAGACACUGCAUGUCGCUUAACUUUCUUGUUGUUACUUGUUAUAUAUUGAACUUUUAUAUAGGGAUAAUUGUAUCCCCCGCGACGAAGUCGGCGGGGAUACUAUGGUUUCAUGUCUCCCCAGCCGCCGCCGCCAUAUUUCAUACUUCAUAUUUCCCUUCCGCUCUCUAACUCGGCCCCUAAAUGACCUAGCGCUACCAAAACCAGGUCACUACGACCUUUAUUUGUCCUUUACCU